AUGGUGAAAGGCAGCGCCCCCGAGGGCAUCUAUAGUGCCACGUACAGCGGCAUUCCUGUAUGGGAAUUCCAGUUCGGAGCAGAUCUCAAAGAGCAUGUAAUGCGACGGCGACACGACGACUGGAUCAAUGCGACACAUAUCCUCAAAGCCGCCGGGUUCGAUAAGCCCGCGCGCACCCGAAUCCUCGAGCGCGAAGUGCAGAAGGACGUCCACGAGAAGAUUCAGGGUGGAUAUGGAAAGUACCAAGGGACAUGGAUUCCAUUGGAACAAGGCCAGGCACUCGCCCGCCGAAACGAUAUUUUCGAACGCCUACGGCCAAUAUUUGAAUAUCAGGCUGGCGGCGAAAGCCCCCCGCCUGCACCUCGACAUGCCAGCAAGCCCAAGGCUCCAAAAGCCAAGCCUGCUGUUCCGAAAUGGAGCAGUAAGUCGUCCAACUUAGCGCGCGCAGACAACGUCUCACAAGGCCGCAAAGGUGCUGCUCCUCCUCCUCCUGUCCUAGAGGAGUAUGACAAUGGCGAUGUGCACAUGAACGAAGACGACACCCCAGACAACCUCACCAUUGCCUCGGCGUCUUACAUGGCCGAGGACGACAGAUACGACGCCCCACAGUUCUCGACAGGACAUAGGAAACGGAAGCGGGAAGAGAUGAUUCAAGAUCUGACAGAUCAACAGCACGCCAUGUACGGAGAUGAGCUCCUGGACUACUUUCUUCUCUCUAGGAACGAGCAGCCUGCCAUACGUCCGGACCCUCCGACCAACUUCCAGCCCGACUGGACCAUAGACACGGAACGACACACGGCCCUCCACUGGGCAUCGGCCAUGGGUGAUGUUGAUAUAAUCAAGCAACUCAAGCGUUUCGGUGCGAAUCUGGCCUCCCAAAACGUCCGCGGCGAGACACCGUUCAUGCGGGCUGUCAACUUCACCAACUGCUACGAAAAGCAAACCUUCCCGCUGGUCAUGAAGGAGCUCUUCAGUACCCUGGACGCCAGAGACGCGUCCGGGUGCACAGCCAUCCACCACGCGGCAGUCAUGAAGAGCGGCCGAGUCGUCUCCCACUCGUGCUCGCGUUACUACCUGGACAAUAUACUCAACAAGCUCCAGGAGACACACGAGCCGAACUACGUCCAGCAGCUGAUCGACGCACAGGACAACGACGGCAACACGGCCGUCCACCUCGCCGCCCAGCGUGACGCCCGGAAAUGCAUCCGCGCCCUCCUGGGCCGCGGGGCGUCGACAGACAUCCCCAACAAGGAAGGGGUCCGCGCCGAGGACCUGAUCAAGGAGCUCAACGCCACCAAGUCCAAGUCCUCGCGCACCGUGCAGCAGCGGUCGUCGAGCCCCUUCGGCCCGGAGUCGCAGCGGCACGCCUCGUUCCGCGACGCCGUCGGCGAGUCGGUCGGCAGGCUGGCCAUGUCGUUCAAGAGCGAGGCGGCCAGCACGGUGCAGAGCCGGAUCACCCCGCUGGUGCUCGAGAAGUUCCAGGACCUGGCCCAGAGCUACGAGGAGGAGUUCAAGGAGAAGGACGAGGCCGAGAGGGAGGCGCGCCGCAUCGUGCUCAACACGCAGGCCGAGCUCGCCAACCUCCGCGCCGCCAUCGCCGACCUCGACGGCCUCGCCGAGCCCGACGACGUCGCCGACAAGGUCGCCGGCGACGCGGCCGUGCUGCGCAAGCAGGUGCUCGCCUACGUCGCGCACCAGAACCGCAUCGCCGUCCAGGAGGCCGUCGAGGCCGAGCUAGCCAACAUGGCCAACGGCGACAGCAGCAGCACCACCACCACCGCCGCCGCCGGCGGCAGUAACGGAGGAGGAGGAGGAGACGGCCCCGACGGCGCGGAGGAGCGGCUCCGGCUCGCGGCCGAGCUCGGGGCCCUGCUGGCGGAGCAGCGGCGGGCCGAGGCCGACUACGUCGAGGCAAGGGGCAUGCUGGGCACGGGCGAGAAUAUCGACAAGUACAGGCGCCUGCUGAGGAGCUGCCUCGGGCCCGGAGACCAGGACAUGCUGGACGCCAACCUGGACGACCUCAUCAAGAUGAUGGAGGAGGAGACGGACGUCGGUGGGGGGGCCGGGGGAGGGGGCGAGCAGAUGGAGAUCACGCCUGUGUGA